AUGACUUCAUUUGGAUUGAUCGGAAAAAUUGAACCAUUUGACGAGACAAUCGAGUCCUGGGAGUCCUAUGUGGAACGUUUUGAACAAUAUUUCGAGGUCAACGAGAUUGACCCUGGGAAGAAAGUAUCUUCGUUAUUGUGUCUAAUUGGUGGAAAACUGUAUUCCCUGCUUCGUGACCUGACAUUCCCCGACAAGCCAGCCACGAGAACAUACCAAGAACUGGUAAGACUACUGAAUAACCAUUUGUCUCCUAAACCCAUUAAAACGGCAGAGCGCUUUCGCUUCGAUAAAAGAGACCAAAAAGAGGGGGAAACUAUCACAGAAUAUGUAGCGCAAUUAAAGAAAUUAUCCAUACAUUGUGUCUUUAAUGCGUCAUUAAAUGAAAAGCUUAGAGACAGAAUAGUGUGUGGUGUAAGAAAUACACAAAUUCAGAGACGAUUGCUGUCAGAAAAAGAUCUAUCAUAUGAAAAGGCGGUUGAGAUAAGUCUCGCAAUGGAAGCCGCAGCUAAAGACGCCACAGAAUUACAGAGUAAAAACAGGACAGAGACAAGGGCCGUGAACAGAUUGCAUGUGAAAAACAGACAUUCAAAACCGAGUGAUAAGAAAGACAGAAAGCAGUGCUAUAGAUGUAAUGGCAAUGGGCAUGUUGCACAGGACUGUCGUUUCAAAGAUACGGUGUGUCAUAACUGUCAUAAACGUGGACAUAUUCAAAAAGCAUGCCGCUCAAAACCUACAACCCCUAGGAAACCCAUUCAAAGGAAGAAAACUGUAAAUUUUGUAGCUGAUGAUUCUCAGGAUCCAAGUGAUGACAAUUACAUAGCCAGUCUGGAACUUAACAAUUUGGCAAGAAAGGAUAUUAUCUGGAUCCAGCUGAAAAUAAACGGAAAGACGAUGAAGAUGGAACUUGAUACUGGUUCUGCUGUGUCAGUCAUGGCGAAGGGGGAGUUCCGAGAAAAGUUUGGAAACCUAAAUUUGAAAACCCCGGACAUCACGCUACGCACAUAUUCUGGAGAACACAUCAAGCCAGUGGGUUAUAUAGAUGUGCUAGUUGAAUAUGAUGACACGAAAGAGACAUUACCCUUGUAUGUUGUUCGUAAAGGAGGACCAGCGCUUCUCGGCAGAGAUUGGUUGAAGGAAAUUCAACUUGACUGGAAAGUGAUCAAAGAGACACAUGCCGUAAACACUGUAAAUCCACCAAACAUUAGUGAAAUUUUGGAGAAAUACAAGGAUGUGUUUAGUGAUGAUGUGGGAACUGUCAAAGGUAUCACAGCCAAGCUGUCACUCAAGGAAAACAAGCCCAAAUAUGUCAAGGCAAGGACAGUGCCAUUUUCCUUAAGAGCAAAAGUUGAGGAAGAACUUGACAGACUGGAAGCAGAGGGAACACUUACCAAAGUCCAACAUAGUGACUGGGCAACUCCAAUCGUACCUGUCUUGAAGAAAAACGGAAGUGUAAGAAUUUGUGGAGAUUUCAAGGUCACUCUGAACCCGCUACUUAACGUCGAUCAAUAUACGACGAUAUUUUUGCGAAUAUGA